AUGCAACAUUUUAACGCUAACAUCCCACUAUUAUUUGGAAUUGCCACAAUCUCUUUAACGACAGGUUAUUAUUUAGGCCAAAUAUCACCAUCUCUGGGUAGAAAGGAUAAGAUUCAAGAGAUUCUACAAAACUGUAAAGAAAAGGCCACUCUUGAACAACAGCAAUAUGAAGAAGCUAAUUCUGAAGAAAACAACAAUAAUCAUAAUGACACAAACUCUAGUGAUUUAGAUGAGGAAAACACAGAUUCAGAAGAGGAUGAAGACAUUGAGUCGUUAUCUUUGAAUGAUAUUCCGGGCGAAGUUAGAAUGGCAUUAGUCAUUCGUCAAGAUCUGGGGAUGACAAAGGGAAAAAUUGCAGCUCAGUGUUGUCAUGCGGCAUUGGCUUGUUACAGAAAGAUUGCUACGGAUCCAAAAAAAGUUUCAUAUAAUCCUGCAAUGACUCAGAGAUGGCUUAUGGGAGGACAAGCUAAGAUCACUUUGAAAUGUCCCGAUAAGGAGACCAUGGAUGAAUUAUAUGCCAAGGCUAUAUCAUUGGGUGUGAAUGCUAGUGUCAUUCAUGAUGCUGGGAGAACUCAAAUUGCAGCAGGAAGUGCAACAGUUCUUGGCGUGGGUCCUGCACCAAAGGCUGUCUUAGAUCAAAUAACAGGCGAAUUGAAAUUGUAUUAG